CGCAGGCGGAAGGUGAUAGAACCCGGUCAAAGGUCAACUUUUUUACCAUAUGUGAUACAACUAACAAAAGUCCCUCUGUCCUUAUAUACUGAGCGCAGAAUAAUCCAACAGAAGGCAAGGAAAAAAAGCAAGCCGCCAGUUAGGACUGCUUAUCUGCAACUCUGCUGUUCUUGGUCCUCGGAUGAUCGGAUCUCCCCUGCAAGGAUGGAGAACACCGUGCCAUGGUCCGAUCUCCCCAAAGAGCUCUGGUGUAUGACCGGGAAGAAGCUCGACACCCCUACCGACGUCCGCCGGUUCCGCAGCGUCUGCUCUUCUUGGCGUUCUCUGAUCCCUCCGCUCCCCCAUGGCAACAACCCUCCUCUGUUUCCCCUGCAACUCCCUCUCCGGCCGGGCCAAAAGCCCGCCUUCGUCACUCGAUCCACGAUCUACCGCCUCCAGCCGCCGGAAGAAUCCGGCCCGGCCUUUGCCUGGCUGGUCAAGCUCGAGGAAUCCGGCGAGCCGGGCUGCCCGCUCCGCCUCCUGAGUCCGCUCUCGAAGGAGCCGAUCAAGUACAAGCCCGGUUUUUUUCCUAGCGUGUUGAACACUUUGGACUUCAGGGUCACCGAGAUUGUUAAAGAGUACGCUGUCGAGGUCGAUGACGGGGCCAAUUUCCGCCGUGUCGCGAAGGUAGCUUUGUUCCCUGAUUCCGCGUGGGCCGAUGCAGGGGAGUGUGCGGUGGUUGGGAUUCUUGAGGGAGGGAAAUUGGGGCAUCGGAGAUUUGGGGAUGAGGAAUGGAGUGUGAUCGAAGGCCAAGAUUGUCAUUUUGAUGAUGUCAUGGUCUACAAAGGGCAAUUCUAUGCUGUGGAUAGGCUCGGGACCGUGUCAUGGAUCGACCCGUCUUUGCGGGUCGUGCAAUUCUCGCCACACAUGUGCGGUGGCGGCGACAGGAAGCACAUGGUGGAGGCGGGUGGCGACCUCUACGUGGUGGACCGGUACCUCGAGAGGGGCGCUGCGAGGUACCGGAACGACCCGGAGGUCGGCUCGAAGACGGUUAAGUUUAGAUUGUAUAGGUUGGAUCAAGAAUGGGGCAAAUGGGAUGAAGUGAGGAGGCUCGGUGAUGUUGCCCUGUUUCUGGGUGAUCACAGUUGCUUCUCAGUGUCUGUGCAAGAGUUCGGUGGGUGCGUUGGGAACUGCAUUUACUUCACUGAGUUGAGUGAUUUUUAUGGUGUUAAAGUCCUUGUCUUUUGCAUGGAGGACCAUAGCAUCAAGAGGGCGGCGUUCUCGCCGGACUACUUGAGGAUCCUGUGGCCGCCCCCGGCUUGGAUCAGCCCGAGCCCAUGCCCCCUCGAUCCGAAAAACAUGAGGACAGUUUACUAGUUCGAUCUGGAACAGAUUCGAUCUCGAGCCGAAUUGGGUUUGUAAUUCGGUUUUCAUUAUGAAUGAAAAGUGGAAGUUGUAAUUGCUUUGUGAGGCAUUGAGAAUCCAUGUUCUGUUGGCUUUGCUGAA